GGCAGGCUUUGCCUUUUCUGGUAGUUAAAGCCACGGACAGAACAAGCAGGAAUUCUUCAUGCUGCAGAGGGGCUGAGAUAUAAACCAGACACUAGAAGUUGAUAUAUGACGAGAAGGGAGACAGUGCUGUCCAUGGACUAAACUUCAGCUACUGUGAGAAAGUGAGGAGAAUCUUUUGGGCAUCAUGGACGAUGACUUUGACCGCCGCAUGGAGCUGAGGAGGCAGAGGAGAGAGCAGAUGCGCCUCGACGCUGACAAUGUGGGUUACACCAACGAUGAUGAUGAUGAUGAGGAAGCACGGGAGCGAAGGAGACGUGCGAGGGAGGAGAGAAAGAAGAUGAGGGACUCAGAGGACUCUAGUACCAUUGAUGUGAUCAACACUAACAGUGUCACAGAGACUGGGUCCGAGUCCUCCGCCACCACCACUGGUGCUGGAGGUGCAGAUGAUGACCAGGCUUUGCUGGAGCGCCUGGCCAAGAGGGAGGAGCGGAGGCAGAAGAGAAUGAAGGAGGCCAUGGAGAGACAGAAGGAGUUCGACCCCACCAUCAGCACCACCAACGGCACAGACGGCACACUGGAGGAGCAGUCCUCCAUCAGCAGCAGCAGACAGCGACACACAGAGGAAGAAGAGGAGAAGAAGGAGGAGAAUCCUGCCCAGGAGGAGGUGGCAAACUCCUGGAGGAAAGAGGAAGAAGAGAAGAAGGAAGAAGAGAAGGAAUCUGUUGAGGAGUCAAGAACACCAACCACAAGAAAUGAGGAGGAGGCUGAGGUUGAUGUAGGGAAGAAAGAUGCUCCUGAGGAAGCUGUUGACGAGGAGGAAGAAAGGAAGAGGAAAGAAGAAGAGGAAAAACAGCAGAAAGAAAUGGAUGAAAAGCUAAGGAUAGAAGAGGAGGAGAGAGAGGAAGAGGAUAAACGCAAAAAGCGAGAGAUGGAAGAAAAGAAGAAGAAAGAGGAGGAGGAGAAGCCAAAGAGAUUUGGUUUUAAGGAAAAGAACGAACCAACCAAACAGAACGGAGCUUUCGCUGAGAAUAAGCUUAAGAAGAUGGACAAGACAUCAAGCAGGGACAGCACUCCCUCCACAAAGGCAGAUGACGUGGAGCGACAGGAGGCCGAACGUAAGCUGCAGGAGCUGAAGCGCCGGCGAAAUGACGCAGAGAGCGAGGAGUUUGAGAAGAUGAAGCAGAAGCAGCAGGACGCAGAGGCCGAGCUGGAGGACCUGAAGAGGAAGAGAGAGGAGAGGAGGAAGAUCCUGGAGGAGGAGGAGAAGCAGAAGAAACAGGAGAUGGAGGACAAGAAAACCAAAGAGCAGGAGGAGAGGAAGAGGAUGAGGGAGGAGAUAGAGAAGAGGAGGGCAGAGGCUGCAGAGAAGAAGAAACAGAAGGAGGAAGACACCACAAAACCUGUGUUUGCUAUCAGUCCCAAAGGCUCCUCCAAGAUCGGGGCGAAAGCAGAAUUCUUGAGCAAAUCAGCCCAGAAAAGCACCGCAGCCAGAGUGUCACACACUCCAAUUGUCUCCAAGAUAGGCAACAGACUAGAACAGUACACUUCUGCCCUCCAGGGAAACAAAGAAGCCAAAUCCCCCAAAUCUCCAAUGGCAGAUAUUCCUACAGGAGGCACGCGUAGCAUCAAGAGCAUGUGGGAGAAGGGCAACGUCGGUGGCUCCUCUGAAAGCCCGGCCCCUGCCAACAAGGAUGUGGCUGGUAUCAAAGGAGGUGUGGCUGGACGUGUCAACAGUUGGAUGGCAAAGCCUGCAGAGGCAGAGAAGACAACACCGGCACCAGAAGCAGCAUCACCAGCAGCAGCAAAGCCGGCAGAUGUGAAACCAGGUGACGCUGGUAACAAGCGUGGCAUGUGGGAAACCAAGAAGGGCUCUGCGCCUGCCAAGGUGGCAGUUGGAGGAAAGAGCAAGUUUGUCACAAAUGCAGGUGUAAGACCGUAACCAUUGACAUCCCCUUUUAAAUCAAACCUUACCUGAAGGCUCUGCUACUGUGUGUGCAUCCAUAUCCCUUCAACACACCUGUGUUUUGUGAGAAGUUCACACCAGAAUGAGGAAAAGACGAGGGACCAUGAUGAGUGACGUUAAAGGAUUCCACCUUCAAAGUUUUCCAGCUUUAUUUUUUAUCACCAACCUUUGUCCACGCAUACAAAAGUAAAAAGAUAUUCAUGUUUAUCCAUGAGACUUGACUUAUAUAUUUUUUUAUAAGAAAUUCAAAGAUGUCAUUCCUAAUAAGGUAUGUUAAACCACAUGUUAAAUGGUUAAUAGUUAAUGGAGUAGAUUGUGUAGUAUCCAUCUGGUUAGUCCUCGAUUUUUUUCCAUUCACAAAGUUGAAAUAGCAGCUUUAGCAAAUUUCAGAUAGCUGUCAGGAUGCUUCAAUGUUAUGUUUCUUUCAAGCCACACCGACAUGUCCACAUGUCCACUCUUCCUGUGACGCAUUUGGGCUUUGAUGUUAUUGUUAUACAGCAUAUACCCAAUAAUAAGCAUAAUACACUCACUGCUUUUUGGGAUGAUAGUCACCGUUUGGACUCCAUAGAAAGUACAGUAUACUGCCACUCAGCUGGAGGUUGGGUAAUUAGCCUGUACAUAUUUAGUUUGUUUCAUUAGUUUGUACCACUUUUUCAUGAGGGACUCUUUAAAGAAGGUUUAUAAAUAGCAAGUAAUGCCUUUUGUAGUGGUUAAUAAAUCACUGACUAUUGUUUUAUAGAUCUGUUAUAAGUCAUUAAGUCGUGAAGAUUCUCUGGCUGGUGUUUACAGUUUUGGUACCACUUUCUAAUAAGGCAUCCCUCAGGAUUUAUAACUUAUGACUUUAGUGGUUAACAAAUCAUUUACCAAUGCAUUAAGGUCAGUUAUAAGGCUGUUGGACAGUCGGUCCAUCUCUUCCAGAGUAAAGAAUCUCAACAUCUACUGCACAGAUUGUCAUGAACUUUUGUACAGACAUUCAUGGUUCCCAGAGGAUGAAGCCUGCUGACCUUGGUGAUCCCCUGAGUUUUCCUCUGGCGUCACCAUGAGGUUGAUAUUUGGGGUUCUGAGUGAAAUGUAUUGACAAUUAUUGGAUGGAUUGCCAUGAAAUUUGUCAUAAACAUUCAUGUCCUUCUCAGGAUCUUUUGUAAUGACUCUGGUGAUCCUCUAACUUUUCAUGCAGCACCAUCAUCAGGUCCACAUUUUUCAUUUGUCAAACACUUCAGUUUAUAAGUGAACACCAGCAAGACUAUUUGCCAUCACAUCGUCCUCAGCUCUACUUUGUGCUUAUUGCUAAUUAGCAAAUGUUAGCAUGCUAACAAGCGACAAUGAGAUGAUGGGUGGGUGGAUUAUUGUAAAACCCCCUGCAUUUAGUGAGUUCUUAGUGGAUUACCAACAUGUAUAAAUGCAUUAUUACCAGAUACAUAUAAUGACACCAGUCAAAGGGAUUUUCUUUCUUCUCAAUAACCUACAAUUGAUCUAUAAAGCAUUUGUAAAUGACUUGUUAACUAUUAAUAAAGCUAUUGGUUUCACACAAGUGUCCUUAGACCAGAAGAUCAUAUCAGUGGCACAUUCUGGCCAGGGCUGCAGCCAGAGUAACACAAUAUCUAAGCAGUUCAACAUCUUCUGUCAGCAACACCUUGGCCUGUUAUCUCUUUGACUUGUGACAGGUCAAGAAUUACAUUAAUGCGUGUGCAAGCGAGUAUCCACUGUAAGAACUAUUCAGUGACCAAAUGCAGCUCUGUUUAACAAGCAUGUAACAGUCUUGAUGCUUUUCUUCUCUAUCAUCAGUUUACAUGCCACCGUCAGCAAUGAGGGCUUGCAAGACAAUUUCAAUAUGCACUCUAAUAGUAAUGCCUGUAAUUAACUUUAUAUUGUAUCCUGGUAUUUCUAUCAGUCAGCAGUGCACAUGAGUUGAAUCCUGCCAAAAUGUAUUGUGAGUCUUUCAGUAUUGUUGUGGUGGAUUUGCUCUGUUUGAAUGUUUGAAGUUAUUGUUUGUGCUUGCUUCAGCAAU